ACACAAACACACACACUCUCUCUCUCUGACACACACACACACACGCGGGGAAGAGGACGCUGCAGGAGCCGCAGGUUCCGUCUGUCAUGAGGGGAAUUAGAGAAGCGAGGACCAUUUCAGCUGCUGCUGAUCCGGAUUAUGAUCCGCGACACUCCGGGACCAGGAGUCUGUGACACUUCGGACCGUGGAGACGUUCUGUGUGUAUCUUCCGAAAGGAAACGGUGACGCCCAUGAUGAGCUCCGAGAGCCUCCGGCCCAGCACCAACGGCCGCAAGCCGCUGGGGAAGCUCGCGUCGCGGCUGGAGGAGGUGAAGAACCCGUGGCGCCAGGGCUCCACGCUGGAGCUGAGCCACAACGAGGCGGCGCGUCUGGCCACCGACGCGCUGCUGGAGCUCGGCGAGGCGGAGUACCGCCGCGUGCUGGCCGAGGAGCGGGAGCUCAACUUCCUGUCGCCGCCGGAGAUCCGGUACAUCGCGCGGCACGCGGCCAGCAGGGCGCGCGUGCCCGACGGCCCCGGCGAGCGCGAGGCGGCGCUGGACGACGACGCCGCCGUGUCCGAGCUCACCUCCGGCACCUACUUCCCCAUGAUGUCCGACGAGGAGCCGCCGAUGCUGGAGCUCGGCUGGCCGGACACCCCGGCGAGGUACGGCCCGUCGGAGACGCAGAUCUACUUCCAGCGGGACAAGUCCCACAACGUGAAGGACCUCAUCCGGUCCCUGAUCAACAAGGCCAAGAAGGUCAUCGCCGUGGUCAUGGACGUGUUCACGGACGUGGACCUGCUCUGCGACCUCAUGGAGGCGUCCAACAAGCGGCGGAUCCCCGUCUACGUCCUGCUGGACGAGAAGAAGCUCGGAUACUUCACGGACAUGUGCGCCGCGCUCGACAUUCAGAACUCCCACCUGAGCAACAUGCGCGUUCGCAGUGUGGGCGGCGACACGUACUGCACCAAGAGCGGCAAGAAAUUCUCCGGCCAGGUCCUGGAGAAGUUCAUGAUCAUUGACUGUCAGGAGGUCAUCGCGGGGUCAUACAGCUUCACCUGGCUGUCGGCUCAGGUGCACAGCAACAUGGUGAUGCAUUUCUCCGGGCGCAUCACCGACAGCUUCGACCGGGAGUUUCGCUGUCUGUACGCCGACUCGCAGAUCAUUGACUGUUUCUCCAACCCAGAGGAUGAAGGGAUGUCCUACUACCCGUCCUACCAAGCCAUUUUGGCCCCCGGCAUGGGCAUGGGGGCCGGACCAGUCAUGGGGCUGGAUUUACUCUCUGACAGGCAGAGGGACAGGGUAUGUUCUGAAAACUCCAGCAGCCAAUCAAGUAACAGUAUUUCCAGCGUGAAGGCCGCACCCGGGAUGACCGCUAACGCAGUCUACAAGGUCACCCAAGGUCACGACAAGAAGGAGCCCAACACCAACUCCCACCUCAGCCCAGAGAGAAGAGGUGGAGGCGGAGAACAGGCAGGAGGACAUACCCCAACACCAGGUGCAUGGGCUUCUGCCAACGGAGCGACCAAUCACAUCCCAGUUCCUGAGCGACCACCGCCGGCCUUUGGUCAGCCAAUGGGCAUCGAGUGGAACAAGCCCAGCACGACGGACAUCAUGAGGUCGAAUAUCACUGGCACCUCCUCCAAGUUCCAGGAGCUGGGUUUGUACGACCACAAACGUACAAACCUAGGCACCCCCAACUCAAGCCUGACCCCCAGGACUCAGACACCAUCCCCGCUCAAUGAUAGCAAACUCACCUCCAAGCAGAGGACUUCCUCCAACCAGUUACUCAACAAACUCUCAGACCUCUUCCUCCCCACCUCAGGCAAAGACAAAGAACCCUACAACUGGAGGUCGCCGUCCCCUCUCGGCUCCUCGCCCUGGGGGGGGCCGGACCUCUCUCAAACUGAGCCAGAGAGCCAGCAGAGCCCUCCUCCCCCGCCCUCUCCGGUCGCAUUGAUGAACCGGCAGGACCAGAAGCGAAUGACGCUGGGCCACAGCAAACUGGACCUGGUGAACCAAUACAACCAGCUGAAAUCCAGGCAGGUGUACAGCCGCUUCGAGCUCAAGAGCACGAACUGAAGCGAGAGACUGACGAGCUCAGACUGAUUCAUCAGACUAAAUGUUUAAAUUUCUCUCUUUGGUGUCUCUAAUUACAUCAUUACAGCGCGCGGAGAAAAGUCUCCACGCUUCCGCAGCUCCACAUAAUCCCUCACUAUCUUUCCCCUGUGAUUCUUGCGUCAUGUGAGGAGUAAUUAUGAGUACAGUAGCGUCGAGACUCACAAUACACAUGAAUGACUCAUUUACAAAACUAUACAUUGAAAUGGAGCGAUUAUAAUCCAGAGUGUGCCUGCGCAGUAGUGAUCUUGGGGUGGAGCCGCGGUGUCAAUACAUUAGCUCGACGAGUUGCAAGUCGGGUUGCAGCGUUCAAUCAUGACGUCUCAGUCCGUUUUUAUAGCAUCAAUUAAAAAAUUAAAACAUGAACACUUGAAUGUACUAAAGUGUGAUAAAAAUGACAGAAACCAUCUUUGGAAACAUUUAUUUAGCAUCUAC